AUGGCAUCACUUACUCGUUUUUCAUUAACAUCAUCAUCGGCUUUAUGUCGUUUAUUAAUUAAUCGUAAUGCUGGUCUUGUUCAACAACAUUUACCAUCAAUGAUUAUUCCACCUGUAGCACAACAACGAUCAAUUGCCACUUCACCUAUUCGUCGUGAUAUUGAUUCGGCUGCUAAAUAUAUUGGAGCUGGUGCUGCUACAGUUGGUGUUGCUGGUGCUGGUGCUGGUAUUGGAACAGUAUUCGGUUCACUUGUAGUAGCCUAUGCGCGAAAUCCAAGCUUAAAACAACAGCUCUUCUCAUAUGCCAUCUUAGGUUUUGCCUUAUCCGAGGCUAUGGGACUAUUUUGUCUUAUGAUGGCUUUUAUGUUAUUAUUUGCCUUCUAG